UUAGUCCCCUGAUGUAGGGGUUUGACACGUAUACUGUUUUCCUUGUUUCCGGAUUUGUAUAAAUGUCAUUUGACCAUUGGAAAGAUAUCGUUGUUCUUCAUUUCCACGUGAUUUUCUCGUGAUCAGAUCGUGAGAGGAAAUCUCCUUGGCAAAGAGUAAAACAGUUGCAAACAUGAGCACUAUCACAGAACAACCUUGUUAUACUCUGAUAAACAUUCCAACUGAUACAGAGCCACUAAAUGAGCUCCAGUUGAAGCGAGACUUAGAAACUGGCAAUGUUCAAACAAAAAUUGAUGCCCUUAAGAAAACCAUUCACAUGAUAUUGAGUGGAGAACGUCUGCCAGGACUUCUGAUGACCAUUAUUAGAUUUGUUCUGCCUUUCCAGGAUCACACGAUUAAGAAACUUUUAUUGAUAUUUUGGGAAAUAGUCCCAAAAACUUCCUCCGAUGGCAAAUUACUUCAAGAAAUGAUUUUAGUUUGUGAUGCAUAUAGAAAGGACUUGCAGCAUCCAAAUGAAUUUGUUAGAGGUUCAACUCUGAGAUUCUUAUGCAAAUUGAAAGAGCCAGAACUUUUGGAGCCACUGAUGCCUGCAAUAAUUGCUUGUCUAGAGCAUAGACACUCUUAUGUUAGACGUAAUGCUGUCUUGGCUAUCUUUACAAUUUACAGAAAUUUUGAGUUUCUGAUUCCUGAUGCUCCAGAGUUAAUAGCUAAAUACUUGAAGGGGGAGCAGGACAUGUCUUGCAGAAGAAAUGCAUUUUUGAUGCUGUUACACGCUGAUCAGAGCAGGGCACUGUCUUAUUUAGCUGCUUGUUUAGACCAAGUGCCCAGUUUUGGCGAUAUCUUGCAACUGGUUAUCGUGGAAUUAAUUUACAAGGUGUGCCUUGCAAAUCCAUCGGAAAGAGCACGUUUUAUUAGAUGUAUUUAUAGUUUAUUGAAUUCUCCAAGUGCUGCUGUACGAUACGAAGCAGCUGGCACUUUGGUGACACUUUCCAGUGCUCCGACUGCAAUUAAAGCUGCAGCUUCCUGUUACAUUGAGUUAGUUGUUAAAGAAAGCGAUAAUAAUGUCAAACUGAUUGUGUUAGAUCGCUUGAUCGCGAUGAAAGAUAGUCCCAUUUAUGAAAGAGUACUCCAAGAUCUAGUUAUGGAUGUCCUGAGAGUUUUAGGUUCACCAGCAUUAGAAGUUCGAACUAAAACACUAGCUCUUGCAAUGGAUUUGGUAACCACUCGUACUAUCGAAGAAAUGGUUCAACUACUAAAAAAAGAAGUGUUGCGUACCGCUGGCGGGGAACAUGAAGAUGCUGGCAGAUACAGGCAGCUCCUUGUACGAACACUGCACGCCUGUUCCAUUAAAUUCUCAGAUGUAGCCGCUACAGUGAUUCCUGUACUCACAGAUUUUCUCUCCGAGAACAACGAAGCCGCGGCGACCGAUGUACUGGUGUUUGUCCGUGAAGCCAUUCAACGAUUCGAAAAUCUCAGACCGCUCAUCGUUGAGAAGCUUCUCGAAGUAUUUCCUCAUAUUAGAUCAGUGAAGGUACACCGAGCAGCGCUGUGGAUUCUGGGUGAAUACGCUACUUCGAAGGAAGACAUCGAGGCUGUCAUGAGUCGCAUACGGGCUGCGUUAGGUGAAUUACCAUUACUUGAAUCAGAGUAUAAACGUCAAGCUGGGGAGAAGUCGGAAGAUGGAAGCGCUCAAGCUGUCCCAGCACAGUUGGUUACAUCGGAUGGAACAUAUGCCACUCAAAGUGCAUUUAGUGCUGCAUCUACCCGCAAGAAAGAAGAAAAACGGCCGGCUUUGGUUCAAUACAUGAUGGAGGGCGACUUCUUCAUUGGUGCCUCACUAGCCACAACCUUAGCCAAGUUAGCGCUUCGCUAUAAGGGUCUUGAAAAUGACGCCCAAAAAAGUAAUCGCAUGCAAGCAGAAGCGAUGUUGGUGAUGUCCAGCGUAUUACAGUUAGGUCGUUCAGGAUUACCCGCAAAGGCAAUGACACACGACGACGCUGAACGACUCUCCUUGUGUCUGAGAUCCCUGGCCUGUCCAACACCACUUGUUCAGAAAGUGUUCACCGAGGGUUGUCGCGAUGCUCUUGGUAGAAUGUUAACAGCCAAGGCGGAGGAAGACUCGCAAAAUCAGAAGGCCAAAGAAAAGCCAGGUAGUAUUGUCCAAGUGGACGAUGCCAUACAGUUCUUACAACUGAGCCGUGGAUCGGAUGUAACUGGAGGAGCUGGUGAUAUGUUCGAACAGAGUCUCAGCGCUGCCGUUGCCGGAAGACCUGGCGCUAGCGGAGACGCUCCAGCUCCCAGUGCUUUGAGCAAAGUUACCCAAUUGACCGGCUUCUCGGACCCUGUAUAUGCGGAAGCCUUGGUCCAUGUUAAUCAGUACGAUAUUGUGCUCGAUGUAUUAAUCGUUAAUCAAACUGAAGAUACUCUGCAAAAUUGCACACUAGAGUUGGCGACGAUGGGGGAUUUGAAACUUGUGGAAAGGCCACAGCCUAUCGUGCUUGCGCCACGAGACUUCGCGAGUAUUAAAGCAAACGUGAAAGUAGCUUCCACAGAGAACGGAAUAAUAUUUGGAAACAUAGUUUACGACGUGUCUGGUGCUGGAUCUGAUAGGAGUGUUGUAGUCUUAAAUGACAUACACAUCGAUAUCAUGGACUAUAUAGUUCCGGCAACGUGCACUGACGCAGAGUUCCGGCAAAUGUGGGCGGAAUUCGAGUGGGAGAACAAGGUGUCUGUAAAUACUACUCUGUCAGACCUGAGAGAAUAUCUUGGCCAUUUAUUGAAGUCGACUAACAUGUGUUGUCUAACCCCGGAAAAGGCGCUCUCGGGACAAUGUGGCUUUAUGGCUGCGAAUAUGUACGCGAAAUCAAUAUUUGGCGAGGAUGCAUUAGCGAAUAUGUCCAUUGAAAAGCCACUGAACAAACCAGAUGCACCGGUAGUCGGCCAUAUUCGUAUCCGAGCGAAGAGCCAAGGAAUGGCGUUGUCGUUAGGAGAUAAAAUUAAUUCCACGCAGAAAGGUCCACAGAGCAAGGUCGUUUAUGCUGCUUAAAGCGUGUAGUUGUUAAUCUGUCUCAUUUGUCCUCAGUAUUCGAAUUGUUACGGGAAGCCCGAUUGGAUUCAUCAGGAACGCAAAUGGCGGCCAUCGUCUACUUUCGUUAAU